CCCCCCCCCCCCCCCCCCCCCCCCCCCCCCCCCCCCCCCCCCCCCCCCCCCCCCCCCCCCCCCCCCCCCCCCCCCCCCCCCCCCCCCCCCCCCCCCCCCCCCCCCCCCCCCCCCCCCCCCUUAAUAAAAUAUAUUUUGUACAGCUUUAUCUAUUUAUUUUUUUUUCAGUUUACCCAUCAUUGUAAAGAACAAUUAGCUCAUAAUAUUAUGUCUAUUAUAAAAAAUUAUUUUCUAAAUGAUAGAUGGAAUUUUUUGGAUUUUAUUGGAAUUAUAUUCUAUCUUAUUGGUUUUAUUUCUCGAUUUAUUGUUUCUCAGAGAGCAUUUACUCUAUCAAAGUACAAUAUACUUUAGAAUUAUCAAAUGUGAAAUAUAUUCUCCCACUUUUUUUUUGUCUUUAGAAUAUUUAUGUGUUUGGAUUUAUUCAUAUGGUAUGUGAGAAUAUUACAUUUAUUUGCCGCAUCCGAACGUCUUGGACCUAAACUAUUGAUGAUAUUAAAAACGAUGAAAGAUUUAUUCUUUUUUAUCUGUUUUAUCUUAAUAUUCUUAUUUGCUUAUUCUGUUACGGCUUAUUCAUUGAUAACAACAAAUGAACAAGUUCACUGGAUUAUCGAUAAAAAUAGUUCAUCAUCUACGUGGGAGUCUAGAAAUUUUACUCUAUUGAAUGAUGGUACCGACUUAUGGUCAUGGGUAAUUAUACGACAUGUUAUUGAUUGGGGUAUGUGGAAAAUUUUUGGUGAAGUUGAUUUAAACGAUUAUCCACAAGGUAGUGAUUCAACGUUAAAUGGUAAGAAAAUAAACCGAUUCAUAGAUCAUAUACUUCUCGCUUUAUAGACACAAACAAGAAUCAAACUUUUUCAGUAACAAACCGCACGUUUUUUAUUCGAGUUAUAGGAAGAUCUGUCAAGGUUGCCAUUUUCUCUCCUGCUUGAUUCUUAUCUGAUAAACGUACAUAACUGUCUAAAAACGAUAAAUACAUACAACAGCCCAUUCAAGAAAAAACAACAACUUUGACAUGUCCUAUGUAUCUGUCGUGUAGAAUUUUGAUUUUGUUGCCCUAAUAACUACAGUCUCGGCAAUUUCUUAAAAUUUUGAAUUGAAUUGAAAAACAAAUGAAAUAAACUUAAAAUUUUGAUUUUUCAAUCCUUUUUUCUGAAAUCAUGAAUGAUUUUCAAACCUCUGUAUCAAGUAAUUAAUAGAAGUACACAGUGUGCAUUUUUCCAUAGGCUAGACGGACAUUUUCUAUAGAAGCAGUCGGAAAAUCUAUAAACACUUUUUUAUAGGUUUUCAGAUACGCUUUUUACAAUGGUGUGCUUUAUAAAAUUCAAAGAGACUUUCAGCCGGAUUCUUUACAGACCGGGUUUCUAGAAAACCUAUACAUAAGUAUUCUAGAAUUUUAUAAAGCGAACCAUAGGAAAGAGAAUAUUUGAACAGCUAUAAAAAAAAAUGUUUAUAGACUUUCGGACUGCUUCUAUAGCAAAUAUCAAAAUCCCUAGUAAAAAUUGUGACUCUAUACUUUGACUUUAAUGUUCAUUAGAUCCAACAAGUUUUUGCUCAGAAAAACCUACUAAUUGCACAUCAUUCAAUGCAGUUUCCUGCACUGACUCUGAAUACUCCCCGCCCUCCAUAAUAGAAGACCACCCUUUAGAACUCGACUUGCGGGACAAAAUAAAAGAUCAGAUGGUCUACUGUUAUGGAGCGGGCGAGGGUAUGUCAUUUUUCAUUGAUUAAAAACAUUUCUGGGCUGAGAAAAAUGGAAAAAAUCUCGAAAAACCCAGUAUCUUUAGAAAAGCUGCUGUGAGCUUUAGAAACAUUUGCACAGUUUUGCACAUUCACGAUAGGUGGAGGACAUAUAGAAGAACAUUCAGUGAAAGUUUGAACGGGUUUCGGCUUGAGAUGUGGAGAGGGCGCUCAUUUUACUAAAAGUAGCCGUUUAGAAAAUUACUUAGGGAAAGGUUUUAUUUUUUUCUCAACAAUCUCCAAUGCACCCUACGACUUUUUUACUUUUUAUAUACUAAAUGCUGUGGGGAUCCAUAAUUUACAGCCCAUUUAGUUACCAGAGUCUUCAUUUUUUCGGUAAACUUUAUUUUAUUACAGGCUAAUUUUUGCGUAGCUGUUUUCCCAUACUCCGUGAACAUUUUAACAAAACUUUUGUGCCAUCAGGCAGAGCAUAUCUUGAAGUAUAUUGUUCACUAUCUGAAUCGUUUAAAAGUCGAUUUUUAUUUUUUCAUCUACAGUCCGCCUGGGUACACACUAUGCAGUGACAUACAUGAAAGUGAAAUAAAAUAUGUCUUGGUAUUCCUGAGUGUCGGCUUGCUUUUCGUAUAUCAUAGGUUCGCUUUAAACGUGUUUUUCUUGAAUAAAAGGCAAAAUUUUACCAAAGCUCAUCCUAAACACGAGAAAAUUUGACUUUUUCGUCUUCGCACAGUAGAAAUAGCUGUUCUAUAGAAUAGUCAGUUGACUGACUAAUACAACAUAUGACUUCCUUAGCUACAGUAGAUGAUAGUGAUUGGAGGUAUCGCUCGACGAGCUCAGAUGUUCAGUAAUCAUAUAUUUUAACGAGACUUUUAUUUUUCUACAUUGUUCUCUUAAAAAGAACCAUUUUGAGACGUUUUUUUCGAAAGAAAGAGCCUACGGUCGCUUUGAACGCAGUUAUGGCGACCAAUAAUAAAAUAUUCGAUUUCAUUUUUGAGAAUGGCAUCUUUGGUGAAGAUAAGUCAUCACCAAAUCCUAUCACCACAUUUUGGUGAUAGCUUAUUGUUCGAGGUAACACCAAAAAUUGAAAGGUGAUAAUGGCAGUUGUAGUUACCGAACGUUAUUCAAAUUUUAAAAAGUGAGAUUUGAACUGGUUUAAGCCAUAAAACUGCGCGAAUUAAAAGGAAUAAAUUGAUUUUGAUCCAGAAACGAUACUAUACAUGUUCCCGAAGAGAAAACCGGAUAAAACAUCAUGCGAUUAAGGCAAUAAUUUGAUUACCGCAGUUCUUCAAAAAUGUGAAGCAAUGAGAACUGUAAAGUUUUCUUGAAGAAAGUCUCAAUUAAACGACAAGCGUUCAUCCCGGGGCUUGCAAAGGUUCAGUAACUUUUUCUCAGACUACUUUACAUUAUGUUUUACUCGGACUUUUCUUCAAGAACAUGAUGUAAUAUGACCUCAGUAGGGUCAAAUGCAGUUAACAUGCUAGUUUCACCAUGUUUUACCCGGUUUUUUCUUCGGGAACAUGAUGCAAACAAGCUAUCUUGUUCAUUGCGGGCUCAGUUAGAGAGUGAGCUGGAAAUAAAUACAGAGUAAUUUUCUUUCUUUCAUAAUUGCAUAUAACAGACACAGUUAACAUAUAUAAAAUAGAAAUUCUUAAGGGGGGUCCCCCCAUUUAGAUUUUUCUCUAGCGUUCGCAGUUUGUAGAGGAUACUUCGAAGUAUAUGUCCUGAAGUUUUUUCGGCUUACUGACGUUAUUUGGCUGAGAAAAAAAUUAAUUACUUAAAAAAAUGUUGUUAAAUUUUUGAGCACGGGGUUAUUACA